UCUCGCACUCGGCGUCGAUAUACCUAGGGAUGGCGCCGAUCCACGCGGAAGUGCGCGCCCCCAUCGAUCGGCCGCUCCCGCCGUCCCCUCCGCCUGCGCCACGCGCUCCCGCAGCCCACCAGAAGCACCAGUAGCAGCCAAGCGCCGCCAUGGCCGUCCGCAAGCGACCUGCCGCCGUCCACGCCCGCGCGACGACCACCAAAGGCUGCAAGAGGAGGCGCAUCCGGAUCGGUAGCACCGAGGACUACGAGUUCGACGACACGCCCUGCCUCGGCAAGGGCAGCUUCGGCACCGUCAUCAGGGCGCGCCACCGCGCCACCGGCAGGACCGUCGCGAUCAAGUUCCCCUGCGGCUCCCAGGACCCCGCCGACGCCGCAGCCGAGCUCCGGCAAGAGGCCGGCUUCCUCGCGGCCUGCGCCGGGAACCCUUACGUCGUCGGCUCCCACGGCCUCGUCUGCGACCCGGCCACCCCAAGGCUCGGGCUCGCCAUGGAGUACGUCGCCGGGCCGAGCCUCCACGCUUUCUUGCGGGAGAGGGCGCCGCUCCCGGAGCCCAUCGUGUGCGCCUACAUGUGGCGGCUGCUCACCGGCGCCGAGAAGAUGCACAGGCUCGGCAUCGUCCACCGCGACCUCAAGCCAUCCAACGUCCUCGUCGGGAAAGGGGGAAAGAUCCUCAAGAUUUGCGACCUGGGACUCGCCAUGUCCCUGCGCACGGCCGACCGGACGCGGUGCAGCGACGCUGGCACGCUGCCGUACAUGGCGCCCGAGGUGCUCCUGGGGAAGCCGGACUACGACGCGGGGGCGGACACGUGGUCGCUCGGGUGCGUCAUGGCCGAGAUGCUCACCGGCAGGCCGCUGUUCAAGGGCGACGUGAGAAGGGACGAUGCGGUACGUCAGCUCCGCACUAUCUUCCGCGUCCUCGGCUCGCCGGACGACAGGACGUGGCCAGAGUUCACGUCGCUGCCGCUCGCCGGCGCGGUGCAUAGAUCGGUCCAGUUCCGGGAGCAGCAGCGCAGCACGCUGGGAGACCUCUUCCCCGCGGAGAUGCUGUCCGAGGACGGCUACCAGGUCCUCAAAGGGCUUCUUGAGUGCAACCCCGGCAAGCGGCUGACGGCGGCCGCCGCGCUCCAGCUCCCGUGGUUCAUGCCUGAGAUCGACGUCGGCACCAACACGGACGACGCGUUCAUCCCGCCGGCAACGCCCAAGGAGGAGAAUCUGCUAAGGAUCCCACUUGAGAUGUGGAAGAAUGCGCAACGGCCUGAGUGUGCUUGAAGCAAUGGAGCCAUGUAGAUGCUCAAAGAAUACGCACUUGUUUUUGUAACUUCGAUCGUAUGUAUAUGUGUAUGUCACCAUGUCUGGGAGUAGAAGUUGUAUCUCUAUCUCCCAAUGAAACAUUCUCUGGUAUCCUCUAUUAGCAUAUGCACUCAAAUUCCUUUCUUAAUUUAGAUCAUAGGAGGGUUCAAGCCCAACCCACUAUAUAGCUGAGGAUGAACUGAAGAAACCUUGUAGAAUUGUAAAAACUUUGAAAAGUGCAAAGAAGAUACCGAAUCAUUUUGAAUUUAUGUCAAGUUACAGAUUACAACACGUCACUGAGAAAUAAACUUCCUUUAAAGAGCAUAGCCUGAAGUUCAUCCCUCCCCUGUUGCUCCAGGAAUUUCUUAAAAAGAAUUCUGAAUUUCUGAUGCAUAAGAAGCCACAUUUUUCAAAGUGAGGCAUCCUUAGAAUACUAUGUAGUUCUGACGCUUGAUAAAAUAGUGUAAUUCUAAUCGGGGCAGCAGGGAAGUAUGCACAUUUUGGAAAGAAUGAACAGAGCCAACUAAAAUCUGUGAGCAUUAAACCUUCUGAAAAAUUGGGUCAAGCGCAUGAACAGGGCCUGCAUGCACAUUUAGCUAUACCACUACCAGUAGAAAAGAGUGUUGAGGAUAAUUUUAAUGUCAGAAACUUGAAUAAACUUUCAACUGAUUCGUCAGUAUUGGCUAAGGUUCAGCAGGCCCACUUCUACAAAGGGCUCGGCAACCUAUCCUAGCCAAUAGUUCGGAAAAAAAAAAUCUAGCAAGAAAGUAAAUUAGUCGCAACCCGCAAGACCAUACAGUAUGCUAACAUGGUGGUUCCAGGUGUAAA